CUGCGCAGCAAUCAUUCGGCUGCCAAAUCGUCCAACAACAACAGCGUGUCGCGUAAUUAUUUUCUUCUAUCUCUCUUGCUAAUAAUAAAAACAAUUGCCAAACAACGCAUCAAUUGUAAAUAAUUUGUUUCCUUUUGUUUUAACAAAGUGCCGACACCAACAUUGACGAACACACACAAGUAACAGACACACACACUCCACAACAUCAACACCAAUUUGUAGCAAUACCAACAACAACAAAAUCUCGCAGUGCAGCCACCAAGGACACGAAUUGUAUGAAAGUAGUGCAGCUAGGAGCAUGAGACGGCAUUAAACAAAAACUAUAGUACAAAAUUAUAAAAUCAACAACUAUUUAUCAAUUAUUUGCAAUUGUUAUACCCAUCAAAUUAGACCAAUUGCCACAUUACAAAUACAAAAAAUACACUUCAAGUGUAAUAAAAACGAAAGUAUUACAAAAAAAAGUGCAAGUGAAAGAAAGAUAGAAAGAGGUGAAGAUCAUUUAGCUUUUUAGAAUGGCUGCCAACAAUUUGCGACAAAUUCCAUUGACCUGCAGCGGACACACCAGACCUGUGGUGCAUUUGGAUUUCAGCGAUAUCUGCGACAGCGGCUAUUUUCUCAUAUCGGCUUGCAAAGAUGGCAGCCCAAUGUUGCGUCACGGCGAUACCGGUGAUUGGGUUGGCACCUUUGAAGGACACAAGGGCGCCGUCUGGGGCGUUGCACUCAAUCGCAGUGCCACACUGGCCGCCUCCGGCGCUGCCGACUUCACGGGCAAGGUGUGGAAUGCAGUUAGUGGCGCAGAGAUUCACAGUUUUCAGCACAAGCAUAUUGUGAAGAGCGUAGCAUUCGACAACAGUUCGGAGAACAUUGUCACCGGCAGCAACGAGAAACUGGUGCGCGUGUUCAACCUGGAGCAACCCGAUGCCGAGCCAGAAUUGUAUGGCGGACAUGCGGGUGCCAUAAAGCGUGCGCUCUUCUGUCGCGACGACAAGUGCAUCAUCUCGGCAGCCGAUGAUAAGACGGUGCGUUUGUGGGAUCGUAUGACCGGCAUUGAAGUGCAACGGCUGCAGUUCCAGAGCAAUCCGAACAGUUUGGAGAUCUCACGCGACAAUCAUGUGCUGACUAUAACGCAUGGAUCGACGAUUAGUUUCUGGGAGAUCGAUACGCUGAAGAAGCUCAAGGAGGUGAAAGUGCCAACGAAUGUGGCGUCGGCUAGUUUGCAUCCUGACAAACACGUUUUCGUUUGUGGCGGCGAGGACUUUAAAAUGUAUAAAUUCGACUACAUUACUGGCAACGAAAUUGAAUCCUUCAAGGGUCACUUUGGACCCGUGCAUUCGGUGAAAUUCAGUCCGGAUGGCGAGCUAUACGCCAGUGGCUCCGAGGAUGGCACGCUGCGACUGUGGCAAACAACAGUGGGUAAAACGUAUGGACUGUGGAAGUGCACGGAACCCAGUGAGCUGAACAAUUCGCUGAACUCUCCACGUGAGGUGCCGGCAAACUGAUGUUGGAGAAGCACAAGUCGCUGCUAUACGACAACAUCAACGACAACGACAGCGCAGCCACCGCAACAACAACCACAACAGCAGCAAAUGCAUAGAAAGUGAAUCAACAAAAACAUACUUAACAUACAUACAAAUCGAAUCAAAUAAUUUGUAAUUAUAUUUCUCAAACUCAAGAAAAAACACGGCUACAAUAACGCAAAUGAUAUUUUCGAUUCCAGCGCUUAAUUCAUUGGCAUUAAUGUACAUAUUUGAUGUAUGUGAAAAUCAAUAGAAAUAAAUAACUUAAGUUUUUCAA